GAUGAUUGAAGAGGAGGGACUUUAAAUAAAGAGCUAGUUGGAAUAAUAAUUGAUAGAGGCUAUUCUAGACUCAUUGCAGAAUCACAUGGAAUAGAAUGCCAUCUUUUUGGGUAAUUAGUGUUGAGUUCAAAUUUCAAUAGCUGAGAGAUUGGUGUAUGAACAUGACACAGAGGAGCACAGAUCAAUACUAGCAGAAUGCUAUUUACAUGAGAAUCAGCCUUAUAAGGCAUGCCAUAUAUUGAAGGAAUGCAAGUCAGAGUUUAAUCGGUAUGUGACAAUGUGUAAUAGGAACGUAGUUAUCAAUUGGCAGUUGCGUAUUUUAAGAUCAAGAAGUACAAGGAAGCUGAAAUGGCAUUAAUAGGUCCCUCAUUUGGCAAUCAAUUCUUGUUGUAGCCAUCAAAUACACCUAAUGGAAGUUUUGGUGAUUUUUUAUUGGGAUAGAUCUACGAAUCAAUGCUUCGAAUAGACGAUGCUAAAAUACAGUAUUAUAAAGCGCUGGAUCAGAAUCCAACUCUUUGGGUGGCCUUUGAAAGGUUGUCCAAGAUUAAUGAACCUGUCACAAUAAACAAAGUGUUUAUCGAUCAAAAGCAAAGACAAUAUGAAAUAAGCAGACAAUAGAGUUGCAACAUCUAUAAAAUACUUGCAAACUCCCUUAAAAACAAGUCAAACAUUACAAAAUCUGGUUAAAAAGAAGUAGACGAUGUUAAAGAGGAAUUUCUAGUUAUUGAUAAUGUAAUUUUCAAAUAAAUACAUAAGCAAUAGAUUAAUAAGAGACAAACUCAAGGAGUGAAGCCAUUCUCAACAACUGGAGUGCAGGCUUAAAUCAUUCAUUUGGAUGACUCAUCAAAUAGUUAAAUGAAGUUUACUUGUAAGUUUAGUAUGAUAAUAUGUUAAGAACUUCAAUAGAAGAAGAUUAGUGCCAAGAUGAUCCCAACUCCUGGGAUUGGAUUAUAAAAUUAUCAAUCUCUAUUGAGUCAACCAUUCCAGCUAUCAUCAAAUCAAAACAAGAAUUAUAAUGCGAAAAAGAGUGACAUUUAGAAAGUAGGCAGUGUAGCACUUCAAUCAUCACCUAGUUUAAUGAGGUAUUGAAAUUAUUCUAGUGGAAGCCUUCCUCAACUCUUGAAAUUAUUUGCCCAUCCAUAUCAAUUAUGGACUAAUUAUUCUGUAGAGGCAAUAGCCAACUUUUAGAAAUUGCCACCUCAACAUUACAGAUCAGGUUGGGUUUUGGAGAAGGUUGCCAGAAGUUUCAUGGAUUAAGUCAAAUAUACAGAUGCGGAAAGAGUUUGGAAGGAGAUGAGACAAAUUGAACCUACUCGACUGGAGGGGAUGGAUUAUUACUCCUCUUGUUUAUGGCAUUUAAAGAAAUAAUCAGAAUUAACCUAUUUAGCACAUUCUUGUUUAUAAAUCUCUAUGUAAGCACCUGAGACAUGGAUUGCAAUAGGCAAUUGUUUUAGUUUGAUCAAAGAAAUCGACAAUUCGAUCAAAUUCUUUGGGAGAGCCAUUCAAUUGAGGAAAGAUUACUCUUAUGCUUACACUUUGUCUGGACAUGAGUUUUCACAGAAUGAGAAUUUUCAAUAAGCAAAGAAAUCAUACGAGACUGCAACCUCACUGGAUUAGAGACAAUACAAUGCUUGGUGGGGUUAGGGUAACAUGUAUUACAAGACGGAUAAAUAUGAAGAUGCCAUUAAGUGUUUUAUCCAAGCCAUUAGAAUAAAUCCCAACAACCCUGUUCUCCCUACAUUUUUAGCCAUGAGUUAUGCUGCCAAGGGGGAACACAAAGAAGCUUUGAAGUAUUUUGAAUAGAGUGAGAGAUUAGAUCCCAUGAAUGGACUUAACAAAUACUAAAAGGUAUAUCAUUGUUUUGAUCAAAUUAGGCGAAUUCAUUAAUUAAAUUGGAUCAAUACGAAUAAGCAUUAAGUGAAUUGCAGACUUUGAGUCAAUUUAUUCCCAAAGAAGCUGCCAUCUACAUUCUUAUGGGUCGUAUACUAAAAAAGUUGAAUAAGAUCCAAGAAGCAUAAAAGUAACACAAAUUCCUUAUCUUAUUUUUAGUUGUUUCAAUAUGGCGAUGUCACUUGACAUGAAAGAUUAGGCUAAGAUAAAAGGGUUGAUGGAAAGUCUGAGCAAUCCUAACAGCGAAUUCAACGAUGAUUUUGAUUUAUGA